UCAGACUUCAACUCUUUGGCCUGUUACUGUUAGGAGUUUGUCUGUCUGUUCCGUUGUCUGAGCGAACAGCCAGGCCAGGCAGAGCAGCCUGUCUAGGACUGGUGGUAUACACAUCCAGGAAGAAACCUGGGCAUUUUUAGGAGGAUUUGGCACUGCAAACUCUCCAGACUGGAAUGUUCAAUGCACAGUCUUGUGAUUUCUCCAUCUAAGACCUGGGAAGAGGAGUUGUGUGCACUGGGGAAAGUUAUACUCUGCUGAACUCUCCCCCUCAGCAUGGCUUUACCAGAUUACCUUCGGCAGGACUGGAGGAUAGUCCAUGACAUUCCAAUGGUCUGCGCGUUUUCAUACAACUGGGAAAGGAUUGACAACUUCCAGAGUAAGCCAGAUGACAUCGUGAUAGCCACGUACCCCAAAUCUGGCACUACAUGGAUAAGUGAAAUUGUGGACAUGAUUCUGAAUGAUGGAGAUCCUGAUAAAUGCAAGCGAGAUGCAAUUUUCAACAAAGUGCCCAUGUUGGAAUUUGCUGUCCCUGGGAAGAUGUCACCAGGUACAGAGCAAUUAGCCAAGAAGCCAUCUCCUCGUUUAGUGAAAACCCACCUUCCAGUCCAGCUCCUUCCAAUGUCCUUCUGGGAAAAUGGCUGCAAGGUGAUCUAUGUUGCCCGAAAUGCCAAAGAUGUAGCUGUUUCUUUCUACCAUUUUGACCUGAUGAACCAGCUGCAUCCAGACCCCGGCACUUGGGAGCAAUACAUUGAGAAAUACAUGGCAGGCAGAGUUGCAUAUGGUUCCUGGUAUGACCAUGUGAAAGGCUGGUGGGAGAAGAGAAAGGACCAUCCCAUAUUAUACUUGUUCUAUGAGGACAUGAAAGAGGAUCCAAAGUGUGAAAUUUGCAAGGUGAUGCAGUUCCUGGGGAAGGAUCUGAAGGAGGAGGUUCUGGACAGGAUCGUCUAUCACACUUCAUUUGAAAUGAUGAAAGAGAAUCUCACCACAAAUUAUAAGAUGACCCCAAGUGAUAUAAUGGAUCAAAGCAUCUCCCCUUUCAUGCGUAAAGGGAUUGCUGGGGACUGGAAGAAUCACUUUACUGUGGCCCAGAAUGAGAGAUUCAAUGAAGAUUAUGAGAGGAAAAUGGCUGGGAGCACACUGCGGUUCCGAACAGAGAUCUGAAGGAGCCUGGCGUCUUAGUACUGUAGUUCUAAUACACGGGUCUCUGUCAUUUCUGUUGAGAAUAGCUUUCCCCCACUCCUUUAAUCAACUAGAAGUAAUACAUUGAGAAGUGUCUGCUCCAGUGAUGGUCAGACACUUGAACCUGGACUCUUGGGCCAUCUAGACCAAGGUGCAGUUACACUCCAGAGCAGAGGGAUUGACCCAAGAGACUGGGAUUCCAUAUCCAUAUCCAGGGUCUGAGUAGCAGGGAAGGCUCCUUGUUCUAGGGUUAGCCACACACACACCUCUUCGUUUAUGUUAGACUGAGUACUGGUCAGGUUCAAGUGAGACAAAGGACUCAGGCCCAGAUCUUCAAAGCUAUUUAGGCACCUACCUCCCAGUCCCUUGAAAUGAAAGGGAAUUAAGCACCUAACUCCCUUUGAAGAUCUAGACCUGAAUGAUUAAGAUGAAUGAUUGAAUGGGGCAAAUAGGAGGAGAGGGGUUGCUUGGUGGGGAGGAAGGUGCUGGGGAGAUUCAAUGAAGAGAAAACUGAAAUAGUGGAAUUUGGUUUGGGAAAGGAGGCUUUCUUGAUUUUGAAGAGCAUUAAUUGUAAUGUACAGAUUCAUCAAGUAUUGUAAUUUCUCUAGAGAAUGGGCUCGUAAUGGGGAUAGUGCCAGGGAGGUGGGCCACCAGUUCUCUCAUAAGAAGUGGUCCACAUUCUGACUAAAUAUGUGAACUCCUGUAUAAAAUUACUUCAUCUAGUUUAUGCUGACACAAAGUCAAAUGCUACAAAUCUGAAUUAAACUGAAAAGUACUUGCUCACCUGUGUA